AUGAUUCAGUUUUUAGAAAAUGUUCGAGCGGGUAUAGUUGAACCACAUGCUCUGAUUAGGGCAGAAUCGACAAAGAGGUCAUAUAACCUUCAGUUGUGCAAACACAGAGACAUUGAAAGCGUUCAUACAGCUGGAGUCAAUGCAUUAGAUGUGGAUACAAUGGAAGGAAAGUACCUGCUGUCUGGGUCAGCAGAUGGAAGUCUUCACAUCCAUGACCUACAGAACUUUACAGGCUCUCCUCAUUUCACUUCCAAACUUAUCUGCAAGGUGGACAGAAACUUGCGAACAGCUCACCGGUAUAGUGUAGAAUGUGUGCAGUGGUAUCCAUUUGAUAGUGGACUUUUCAUAACUAGUGGAAUGGACAAGCAGCUAAAAAUUUGGGACACAAACUGCAUGAAACCUGCUGACACCUUCAGUUUUGAGGGCCGAGUGUUUCAGCACCACAUGUCACGUAUAGCUACCAGGAACUGUCUUGUUGCUGUUGCCAGUUCAGUGAAUCACAUUCUCCUUGUUGAUCUGAAGUCUGGGUCAUGUACUCAUGAACUACGUGGUCACUCAAGUUCAACUCUAACCUGCAGAUGGUCACCAAGAGAGGAAUACCUGCUUGCAACAGGUAGUUGCGACAAUAAGGUGCUCUUAUGGGAUGUUCGUGCUGCGAAGUGUUGUCUCAAAUCUUUGGACCAGCAUAAUGGUAAAGGAAGGUCAGUCAGUGAAGCCACAAAUACUGCCCAUGAUGGUUAUGUGAAUGGUUUGUGCUUCACCCAUGAUGGAUUGUUUCUUCUUUCAUAUGGGACAGAUCACAGGUUGAGGUUGUGGAGCACAUACAGUGGACAUAAUGAAAUGGUUAAUUAUGGGAAGAUACCGAAUGACACAAAAAAGUGCAUGCAGUUUGACAUCACUGUCAGCUCUGACCCAAAAUUGGUUUAUGUGCCAUCAGAAGGUAACAUCUUUAUGUAUGAGAUUCAGUCGGGUGUUAAAGUGAACACACUUCUAGGACAUUACAAUUGCGUUAACAGUUGUAUCUAUCAUCCGUUUUACCAUGAGCUGUACAGUGCUGGUAAUGACAGAAACGUCCUCAUAUGGACUGCAGAUCACUGUCAGGGAGCAGUGUAUGAAGAACAUUUAAAGUCACAGAACCAAAAGAAAGAACCAUUUGAAAGGAGAACGCUGCUUGUUAGAAGAAAUGUGAUGGCUGAUACAUGGAGUAGUGAUGAAGAGGGCUGA